AUGCUGGUUCCACCAGUGCCUUGGAUAUCCACAGGACAUGGAGGAUAUCUGCUCAAUGCAGUUCGUCUUGUCCGCCUUCCACAUGAAGCUCAGAUGCAGACUGACAAAUUGCAAGAAAAGACCGCCGAUUCAAAAUUUGUUUCAGUUCUUGAUGCCGUCAAUACACUCGGUGCUUGUGCGUGGACGAUUAAUAAGCAGGUUUUGGACGUCAUUAUUGAGAUCUUUAACAGAAAAGGUGAUGACUCCCUGGCCAUUCCCCCUCCUGCUUCAGAGUGCCCUCCUGCACCAAAGAUAACCCCAUUGAUGUCAGCUCAGGAAAAAGCUAACAUUCGUGUACAACGCCAUAAACUUCGUAUGAAGAAAGCAGAUAUGCACAGUUUGUGGUCACAAGAGUUAUAUAGAUUGUCUAUUGCUAACAAGUUUCGAGAUGAGGUGUUCUGGUUUCCACAUAAUUUGGACUUCAGGGGCCGUACCUACCCAUGCCCACCUCACUUUAACCAUUUAGGCAGUGACACUGUGAGAGGCAUGCUGUUGUUUGCUAAAGGAAAACGGCUUGGUCCUGAUGGCCUAGACUGGAUGAAAAUUCACAUUGUGAACUUGACUGGCCUUAAGAAAAGUUUCUAUGGAAACAAGUGGUGGCAGAAGUCGGACAAACCUUGGCAGACACUUGCCUGCUGCAUAGAAAUUGCCAAAGCUGUCCGGUCCCAGAAUCCAGAAGAUUACAUCUGUCAUUUUCCCAUUCAUCAGGAUGGUUCCUGCAAUGGUUUGCAGCAUUAUGCUGCUUUGGGUCGUGAUCAAGAAGGAGCUCAGUCUGUCAAUCUGUGGCCCUAUGAGUUGCCUCAAGAUGUGUACAGUGAUGUGUGUGAACUGAUUGAGAAGGAGAGAGCUAAGGAGGCUGCAGAGGGUUUAAAGAUUGCUCAAGUCUUGGAAGGCUUUAUCAGCAGAAAGGUAAUUAAGCAGACAGUGAUGACAACUGUGUAUGGUGUGACACGAUAUGGAGCUAAGUACCAAAUUUUAAAGCAACUGGAAUUUCCAGCAGUGACUUUCAGAGCCUUACAGAACUGGUUGACGUUGAGUGCCCAGAUGAUUGCCUCAAUAUGCCAUCGGCCAGUUGAAUGGGUUACCCCUCUUGGCCUCCCAGUGACGCAGCCAUACCACCGCAACCAGAGCUCAACCCGCUUCGGUGUUGCCACAUCAAAUUCACUGAAUUAUUUUGAGAAACCAAAUGUGAUGAAGCAGAAGAAUGCAUUUCCCCCAAACUUCAUCCACUCACUGGAUUCAACACACAUGAUGCUCACUACUAUCUACUGUCUCAGGGCUGGAAUCACAUUUGUGUCGGUGCACGAUUGUUUCUGGACACAUCCCUGUGAUGUGGAUAUCAUGAAUAAGAUUUGCCGUCAACAGUUUGUGGCAAUGCACAAACAGCCAGUACUGGAAGAUUUGUCCCAACAGUUUAUCAACAGAUACACACUAGCACUGGGAGAUGAAGACAACCUCGACAUCAGACAGAAAGAUAUUCUCCUCAGUGUUCUGUCUAAUGUUCCAUCAAGAGGUACCUUUGAUCUGGACAAAGUUUUGGAGUCAACAUACUUCUUCAGCUGAUGAAAUGAGACAUUUCUUGUUGCAUCUUACUUUACAGUUACUAGUGAUUUCUGAAAGAACCUGGUGUGGAAAACUAAAUGUGUGGGUGAUUCUGAAAAAGAGACUAAAAGUUGCUAAAUAAUAGACCUAGAGUAUUUGACUGGCUGAGUAGAGUACAAGACAUUAGGCUUCUUAUAAAGCCUUUAAGUGACAUUGUUUUAUUGUUGUCCAGAAGAGUGUGUUUUCUUCUUGUUACUUUAGGCACAGGGCUGCAUUUGAUGAGCAUGUGAUUUUUAUUCCUGGAAAAAAUCCUAUGCAUGUGUGUAUAAAUUGACUGAGGGAUGAGCUUGAUAAUAAUUUAUCAAUGGAUAUUUUUUAAGUAUAAAUGUGUUGCCACUACAAAGCAGAGAAAUAUGUAUCCUGUCUUUAAAUGCCCAGUGCCUAAUGGACUGAUCAUUUUAGAUAUGCUGCAACCUCUGAUUUGUUUGUAUGUAAGGGGGCAUUAUUCUUGGGAGGGUUUGUAUGUAUUAAAAAUGGGGAAAGGAGAACAUUUGCAUUAUAAUAAAUAAUUCCAAAGUCACUCUGACAUGUUGAGUGGCUAAACUGAUGGUGUUUUUGUGUGUAAAUUUGAAGGAUUUCAUUAUAGAAUCCAAUAAUUGUGAUAAUGUAACCCAGUAAAAGAG